AAAAAAAAAAAAUUUACUUACUGUUCUUCUGCAUCUACAUCUCUUUCAGUAACUGUGUAGGGUGUUUUCGUAUUAAGAAAUAAGAAUGGCCGGUGAAGAAGAGAGUCCUGCAAUCGGUAUCGAUCUUGGGACAACGUACUCAUGCGUGGCAGUGUGGCAACGUGAUCGUGUGGAGAUAAUAACCAACGAGCAGGGCAACAGAAUGACGCCUUCCUAUGUUGCCUUCACUGACAAUGAGCGCUUGAUAGGUGAUGCUGCCAAGAACCAAGUUGCUAGGAAUUCUACCAACUCCAUCUUUGAUGCAAAGAGGUUGAUUGGAAGGAGAUUUAGUGAUAACUUGGUUCAGAGUGACAUUAGGCUUUGGCCAUUUAAGGUGAUUGAAGGUCCUGAUGAUAAGCCUUUGAUUGUGGUCAACUAUAAGGGUGAAGAGAAGCACUUUACUGCUGAGGAAAUCUCAUCUAUGGUCCUUACAAAGAUGCGUGAGAUUGCUGAAUCCUACUUGGGCACAACUGUGAAGAAAGCUGUUGUUACUGUCCCUGCCUACUUCAAUGACUCUCAGCGUAAGGCCACAAAGGAUGCUGGAGCCAUUGCAGGCCUCAAUGUUUUGCAAAUUCUCAAUGAACCAACUGCUGCAGCCAUUGCUUAUGGUAUUGACAAGAUUGGCAAUGGCAAGAGUAAAAAAGUGUUGAUUUUUGAUUUGGGUGGUGGUACUGCUGAUGUUUCACUACUUUCCAUUCAAGAUGGUGUCUUUGAAGUGAAAGCUGUUUCUGGAGACACUCACCUUGGAGGUGAGGACUUUGAUAACAGAUUGUUGAAACACUUGGUUGCAAUAUUUAAGAGGCAGAGUAGGGUGGACAUUAGUAGAGACGCUAGAGCUCUUAGGAGGUUGAGAACUGCAUGUGAGAAAGCAAAGAGGAUUCUCUCUUCUACAUCUGAGACUACCAUUGAAGUUGACUGUUUAAGUAAUGGGAUUGAUUUCUUUUCAACUAUUACCCGUCCCAAAUUUGAGGAACUCAACAUGGAUUUGUUCAGGAAGUGUAUUGAGCCUGUGGAGGAGUGUUUGUUUGAAGCUGAUAUGGACAAGAGUUGUGUCCAUGAAGUUGUUCUUACGGGUGGUUCUUCCAGAAUCCCCAAGGUGCAGCAAUUGUUGCAGGAAUUCUUUUAUGGGAAGGAGCUGUGCAAGAACAUUAAUCCAGAUGAGGCUGUGGCUGAUGGAGCUGCUGUUCAAGCUGCUGUAUUGACUGGAAUGGGUAAUAAGAAAAUUCAAGACAUCAUACUCUAUGAUGUCACUCCUCUUUCCCUUGGCAUACAGACUCAUGGAGAUAGGAUGUCUGUUUUGAUUCCUAGGAAUACUACUAUUCCAACCAAGAAGGUGAGGCAAUACUGCAACACCGCUGACAACCAAGGUCUAAUAGAAUUGCUAGUUUAUGAGGGUGAGAGACCAAGAUCUAGUGAUAACAACUUGUUGGGAAAUUUUACAAUUCCUAUUACUCCGGCACCCAAGGGUGAUGCUAAGGUCAUUGUUUCUUUUGAACUGGAUACCAACGGAAUACUUAUAGUUUCCACUGUUGACAAAAUCAGUGGGUAUAAAAGGAAGGUCACCAUCACGAACGAUCAAUGGAGGCUUUCAAAUGUAGAGAUUGAGAGGUUACUUCAAGACGCCAAGAGAUUCAAGGCCAAAGAUGAUCAUCACAUGAAGGUGCUUGAUGCAAGAUUAGAGCUAGAGACUUAUGCCUACAAAAUGAGGAAAGCAAUCAAUGACUACAGCAUAUAUUCCAAACUUCGUCCUAAAGAUCACAAACGAAUUAAAGAUGCUGUUCAAGAGGUGAUUCAAUGGUUAUCAGAUGAAGAAGGGGUUGAUAAUUUAGAACUGUAUCAGGAUGAGCUGAAACUGCUCCAGAGACUCUGCAAACCUAUUUCACCUUUGAUAAUAGAUUGACUACAUUUGAUUUUGUACAAAACAUUUUGUUCUAGAGUUUUCUUUUCAUAUUUUGUCUUGUUCAGAAAUUGUUUGAAAUUUUGUAAAAAUGUCCACUGAUAGCUUGGUUGAAUUGUCUGUUUCAUUACACAGAAUUAUAGCUACUCCAUCGAAUUUGUAA